UCGCGUCGACGGCGUCUUUGGAGCAAAAGGCGCUGCGGUGGCAACAGCUCGGUCACAUCUACGGCCUCGACGACAAGCACGAUCAAAGCGAGCGCUGUGCCCGGCGCGGCGUCGACGCCUUUACGCAAGUCCAUGGCCCCCAUGACAUCACGACACUCCAAGCGCAAGGCUUCUUGGCCAUGUCGAUCGCGAGCCAGGGCCGACCAAUGAGUGAGUGGGCGCCGAUCUUUGCGGCGACGCUCGCCGCGCUCGAAACCCACGGCGGUGCCGCCAGUGACGAAGCGCUCUCGGUGCGCUGGAACUAUGCGUCGGCGCUGGAGCGACAACACGACAUUCCUGGCGCCUUGCGCGAGCACCUUAAGCUCUUCGAGCUCCAACGCCACAAGUUUGGCCUUGGCGAUGCGCGGACCGCGGAGACGAUGAGCUGCGUCGGCCGCGACUACAACCAGCUCUUCAUGCCGCGCGUCGCAGCCCGCUGGCUUCAAAAGGCGCUGGCCGUGGAAGACGCAACGCUUGGUGCAGAUCACCAUGCGACAAUCUCGACAAUCCUGAGCCUCGCCGGCGCCCUCGCGCAACAGGGCAAGGUGGCGCAGGCGCUAUCAUGGACCAAGCGUCUCGUCGCGACAAGUGACCGGACACUCGGGCCAGAGAAUACCACGACGAUGGUCAGCAAGAUCAAUGUCGCGAUCUUGGAGCUCAUGGCCGGUAACACCCGCGACGCCAUGACGCAGCUCCUUCGCCUCGAAGCGUUGAUGGCGGAUCGGCCGACAGUUGUUGACUUUUUGGCGCACGUGCAAGAAGCGCUGGGCCUCGCGCACUGGGCGGACGGCAAUGUGGACGCGGCGGCGACGGCCUUUGCACAGGCCUUGACCAACCUCCCGUGCAAGCAAAUGGCGUGGUCGUUCUUUCGCUUUUGUGCGACUGUCCCUACCACCGCGCUCGACAACUGGCACCACGUGCGUCGCUAUCUCGAGUCGACAGACGACCCCGCGCCCGAGACGUGGCCCGCGAGCUGCUUGAAUUGCUACAAGCCGAUCGUUGGCGGCUUUGUCGCGUGCGCCGCGUGUCCAACGGGCCAUUUUCCAUUUUGCACGACGUGCGCCAUGCGUAAUUCCGCUCGUCUCGGCACGUUCUGCACCCAUGAACCACGAGCUUUCCAAAGCCAGACGACGUUGCCGCCGCGGCGGUACUUUCUCCAAGAGAAGCUCGUGUCGAUCGCCAAGGCAACAGCGACAUCCUUUGUCGAUCUCGACGCUGCCUACUGCGCGUACGACGCCUACUGCGCUACGCAUGACGUGCCACGACUUGAACGGCUGCCGCGAAUGUCAGUCGAAGGCUUGAACCGCGAUUGGCACCCGAUGCUCUGAGCCCACUCGUCGUUGUCACACGAGGUAUACACCAUGUGAGUACGCGACUGGUAAGCCGGUAAGACCAUAACCAUCGAAUAUCAUACGCGUAUACAAGUCGCGAAAUGGA